CCUCUCCAUUCACGCGUAGGGAGCCGCCGGAGAGAGAGCCCCGCCGCUCCGUGACCACAGUGGAAUGUCCCGAAGUUUUGGAAUUUAAAACCAUGGAAAGGAUAUCUAACCUCCGGAUCACUUGAACCUGGUUCCCACAUCGUGCCUCUGUGGAUGAUGUUCCUGAUGACGCCUUGCAGCACUGAGAACAGGACAGCGGAUCAAUAGGAGCUUCGUUGGCCCUCUCUCAUCCACAUCCGUCCUUCUCUCCCUCAUUCCAAGACAGAAGAGCAGAAACGCAAGAGAAACGAGACUUGGGACCAGCACUCCUCCUCCUCCUCCUGUCUCUCUCCUUCCCUCACCCCCUAAACCUCGCCUCUAGAUACCCCAGGUAUGUGUCCCCUAGCUCGGUCAGCGGCUACCUUCGGCCAGGGGAACUUGUUUCUCCUCCUGGGGCUUUUGCUCAUCAUGAGCUCAUCUCUCUCUGGAGGCCAACCCCCACCCUUAAAGCGAUUUGUCCCCGCCGAGUGGGGGCUCACACACCUGGCCAUCCACAACAAAUCUGGAGAAGUCUACGUGGGAGCUGUCAACUGGAUCUUCAAACUGUCCAGCAACCUGACCAAACUGCGCAGCCACAUGACCGGGCCCGUGGUGGACAACGAGAAGUGCUACCCUCCGCCCAGCGUCCAGUCCUGCCCUCACGACCUGGCCCAGACCCCCAACGUGAACAAGCUGCUCCUCGUGGACUACGCGCAGAACCGCCUCAUCGCCUGCGGCAGCACUUCUCAGGGGAUCUGCCAGUUCCUUCGUCUGGAUGACCUCUUUAAGCUUGGCGAGCCCCACCACCGCAAGGAGCACUACCUUUCUAGCGUGGCAGAGUCGGGUACGAUGUCCGGGGUCAUCAUAAGCUCCUCCCACAGUCCCACCAGCAAGCUAUUCAUAGGGACGCCCAUCGACGGCAAGUCUGAGUACUUCCCCACCUUGUCCAGCCGCAAGCUGAUGGAGAAUGAAGAGAACGCCGACAUGUUCAGCUUCGUCUACCAGGACGAGUUUGUCUCCUCUCAGCUGAAGAUCCCCUCCGACACUUUGUCCAAGUUCCCCGCCUUCGACAUCUAUUACGUUUACAGCUUCAGCAGCGAGCAGUUUGUCUAUUAUUUAACGAUGCAGCUGGAUACCCAGCUGACGUCACCCGACGCCAGCGGAGAGCAGUUCUUCACCUCCAAAAUUGUCCGGCUCUGCGUGGACGACCCCAAGUUCUACUCCUACGUUGAGUUCCCCAUCGGCUGCACGAAGGACGGAGUGGAGUACCGCCUGGUUCAGGACGCCUUCUUGGCUCGGCCAGGACGGCAGCUGGCCACCUCACUGGGGAUCUCUGAGAACGAAGACAUCCUCUUCACGGUCUUCUCUCAGGGUCAGAAGAAUCGGGCCAAACCACCCAAAGAGUCCGCCUUGUGCCUGUUCACCCUGAGGAAGAUCAAAGAGAAGAUCAAAGAAAGAAUUCAGUCCUGCUACAAGGGAUCCGGGAAACUCUCCUUGCCCUGGCUGCUCAACAAGGAGCUCGCCUGCAUCAACUCGCCGCUGCAGAUAGACGAUAACUUCUGUGGCCAGGACUUCAACCAGCCUCUGGGGGGAACCAGCACCAUCGAGGGCACCCCCCUCUUCAUCGACAAAGACGACGGCAUGACCUCGGUGGCGGCGUACGACUACCGUGGCAACACCGUGGCUUUUGUUGGCACACGAAAUGGCAAACUGAAGAAGAUCUUGGUGAACUCUGUUAAUCCGACCCGUCCAGCUGCGCUCUACGAGAAGGUGACUGUCAGCGAGGUAGGAAGUCCCUUGCUGAGAGACAUGCUGUUCAGCCCAGACAUGCAGUACAUCUACACGCUGACUGACAGACAGGUGGUGAGAGUUCCAGUGGAAAGCUGCGAGCAGUACACCACUUGUGGGGAGUGUUUGGGUUCGAGAGACCCCCACUGUGGAUGGUGUGUCCUCCACAAUGUUUGUUCACGCAAGGACCGGUGUGAACGAGCAGGGGAGCCCCAGAGGUUUGCCUCUGACCAGAGGCAGUGUGUCGAGCUCACCGUUCAGCCAAGAAAUAUCUCCGUCACCAUGGCUGAUGUGCAGCUGGUCCUCCAGGCUCGUAACGUGCCUGAUCUGUUGGCGGGGGUCAACUGCUCCUUUGAGGACUACGUGGAGACGGAGGGACAGAUCCAGGGGGGACACAUCUUCUGCCGGUCUCCUUCACUCCGGGACAUCAUCCCAAUCACAAGGAACAAAGGUGACAAGCGGGUGGUGAAGCUCUAUUUGAAGUCCAAGGAGACGGGCAAGAAGUUUGCUAGCGUCGAUUUUGUCUUCUACAACUGCAGUGUUCACCAAUCCUGCCUCUCCUGUGUGAACGGCUCGUUCCCAUGCCACUGGUGCAAGUACCGCCACAUGUGCACCCAAAACGCCAACGACUGCUCUUUCCAGGAGGGACGCGUCAACAUCUCUGAGGACUGCCCUCAGAUUGUUCCCUCAGCCCAGAUCUUCAUCCCUGUCGGGGUGACAAAGCCCAUCACCUUAGCUGCCAAGAACCUGCCACAGCCCCAGUCAGGACAGAGGAACUACGAGUGCGUCUUCCACAUCCAGGGGGAGACUCAAAGUGUCCCCGCCCUGCGCUUCAACAGCACCUCCAUCCAGUGCCAGAAAACCGCGUAUGCCUAUGACGGCAAUGACAUCAGCGACCUGCCAGUGGAUUUGUCUGUGGUUUGGAACGGAGACUUUGUCAUCGACAACCCCUACAACAUCCAAGCCCACCUCUACAAGUGCUAUGCCUUGAGGGAGAGCUGUGGGAUGUGUCUGAAGGCGAACCCCCGCUUUGAGUGCGGCUGGUGCGUACAGGAGAAGAAGUGCUCCAUGAGGCAAGAGUGUACUCCACCGGAGAGCACUUGGAUGCACGCCACCACGGGAAACAGCCGCUGUGCACACCCCAAGAUCACCAAGUUGUCUCCAGAGACGGGGCCCAGGCAGGGCGGGACCAUGCUGACCAUAACGGGUGAGAACCUGGGACUGCAGUUCAAAGACAUCCAGAGUGGAGUCCGCAUCGGCAAGGUGGCCUGCAACCCUCAGGAGGACCAGUACAUCAGUGCGGAGCAGAUUGUGUGCCGUCUGAAUGAUGCAACAGGUUACAGGGUGCAGGACGCUCAGGUAGAAGUGUGCGUUAGGGACUGCAUUCACCCCGACUACAAAGCCGUGUCCUCCAAGGCCUUCACUUUUGUGUCCCCAUACUUUACCCGAGUCCUUCCUUCCACUGGGCCGCUGUCUGGAGGAACAAGGAUCACAAUUGAAGGCAGUCAUCUCAAUGCAGGCAGUGCUGUGUCUGUGAAAAUAGGACUUCACCCCUGUCGCUUUGAGAGGCGGGGCAACAAGGAGAUUGUGUGUGUGACUCCGGCGGGACAAACCCCAGGUACCACCCCGGUCAUGGUGGAUAUCAACUCUGCUGAGCUGAGGAACCCGGAGGUCAAGUUCAACUACUCUGACGAUCCCACCAUCCUCAAGAUCGAGCCCGACUGGAGCAUCGCCAGUGGAGGAACCAUGUUGACCAUAACUGGAACCAAUCUGGACACCAUCAAGGAGCCCAAAAUGAGAGCCAAGUAUGGAGCUGCCAAGUCAGAAAAUAACUGCACGGUGCUCAACAACACUGUGAUGGUGUGUCUGGCGCCCUCUGUGGCAGGAUCUGACAAAGGCUUCUUGGAGUCGGGCAGCAGUCCUGAUGAGAUCGGCUUUGUCAUGGACGACGUGCGCUCCGUGCUGGUGGUAAACGAGACUUUCAGCUACCACCCGGACCCUGUGUUUGAACCUCUGAGCCCCUCGGGCAUGCUGGAGCUGAAGCCCAGCUCACCACUCAUACUCAAGGGCCGUAACCUAAUUCCUGCAGCCCCGGGAAACGCUAAACUGAACUACACGGUGCUGAUUGGGGAGACGCCCUGCGUUCUCACCUUGUCUGAGAGCCAGCUGCUGUGUGAGUGGCCCAACCUGACCGGAGAACACAAAGUCACUGUGCGUGUUGGAGGCUUUGAAUACUCGCCGGGGACCUUGCAGAUCUACUCUGACAGUCUGCUCACUCUGCCUGCCAUCAUUGGUAUCGGAGGAGGCGGCGGCUUACUCCUGCUGGUUAUCAUUGUUGUGCUGAUUGCUUAUAAGAGGAAGUCGCGCGAUGCCGACCGCACCCUCAAGCGGCUUCAACUGCAGAUGGAUAACCUGGAGUCCAGGGUGGCCCUCGAGUGCAAGGAAGCCUUUGCGGAGCUGCAGACGGACAUCCACGAACUCACUCAGGAGCUGGACGGAGCAGGAAUCCCCUUUCUGGAAUACCGCACCUACGCCAUGAGAGUCCUCUUCCCUGGGAUUGAGGACCAUCCUGUGCUUAAGGAGAUGGAGGUACGGGUCCCCGCUAACACGGAGAAGGCCCUGACGUUGUUCGGCCAGCUGCUGACCAAAAAGCACUUCCUUCUGACCUUCAUCCGCACCUUGGAAGCCCAGCGGUCCUUCUCCAUGCGAGACCGCGGCAAUGUGGCCUCCCUCAUCAUGACGGCGCUGCAGGGGGAGAUGGAGUACGCCACGGGCGUCCUCAAACAGCUCCUGUCUGACCUCAUCGACAAAAACCUGGAGAGCAAGAACCACCCGAAGCUCUUACUCAGGAGGACGGAGUCAGUCGCUGAAAAGAUGCUCACCAACUGGUUCACCUUCCUGCUCUACAAGUUCCUCAAGGAGUGUGCUGGUGAGCCUCUCUUCAUGCUGUACUGCGCCAUGAAGCAGCAAAUGGAAAAGGGACCAAUCGACUCAAUCACAGGAGAGGCCCGCUACUCCCUCAGCGAGGACAAACUCAUCAGGCAGCAGAUUGACUACAAGACUUUGACGCUGCACUGUGUGAACCCAGAGAAUGAAAACGCUCCGGAAGUGACAGUGAAGAGCCUAAACUGUGACACAGUGACGCAGGUGAAGGAGAAGCUGCUUGACGCUGUGUACAAGGGCACGCCGUACUCCCAGAGACCAAAGGCCUCCGAUAUGGAUCUGGAAUGGCGGCAGGGUAGGAUGGCUCGCAUCAUCCUUCAGGACGAGGAUAUCACAACCAAGAUAGACAACGACUGGAAGCGACUCAACACCUUGGCUCACUACCAGGUGACCGAUGGCUCAUUGAUCGCCCUGGUGCCUAAGCAGAACUCUGCCUACAACAUCUCCAACUCCUCCACAUUCACCAAGUCCCUCAGCAGAUACGGUACGAGAGAAGAGAGCAUGCUGAGGACGGCCAGCAGUCCAGACAGCCUGCGCUCCCGAACGCCCAUGAUCACUCCGGACCUCGAGAGUGGCACCAAACUGUGGCACCUGGUUAAGAACCACGACCACUCAGACCAGAGGGAAGGGGACCGAGGGAGCAAGAUGGUUUCUGAGAUCUACCUGACCCGUCUGCUGGCCACCAAGGGUACACUCCAGAAGUUUGUGGAUGACCUGUUCGAGACCAUCUUCAGUACCGCGCACAGAGGAAGCGCCCUGCCUCUCGCCAUCAAGUACAUGUUUGACUUCUUGGACGAGCAGGCGGACAAGCACUCCAUAUCAGACUCUGACGUACGGCACACUUGGAAGAGCAACUGUCUUCCUCUUCGGUUCUGGGUGAACGUGAUCAAGAACCCCCAGUUUGUCUUUGACAUCCAUAAGAACAGCAUUACGGACGCCUGCUUGUCAGUGGUGGCUCAGACCUUCAUGGAUUCCUGUUCAACAUCAGAGCAUAAGCUAGGCAAAGACUCUCCUUCCAACAAGCUGCUCUACGCUAAAGACAUCCCCAACUAUAAGAACUGGGUAGAAAGGUACUACUCUGACAUCUCCAGGAUGUCGGCCAUCAGCGACCAGGACAUGAGUGCCUACCUGGCGGAGCAGUCGCGCCUGCACGCGAACCAGUUCAAUAGCAUGUCGGCCCUCAACGAGAUUUACUCCUACAUUGUUAAGUACAAGGACGAGAUUUUGUCGGCUUUGGAGCGGGACGAGCAGGCGAGGAGACAGAGACUGAGGAGCAAGCUGGAGCAGGUCAUCGACACAAUGGCACUGAGCAGCUGAGGACCAUCCAGCACCUCCAUCUCCUCCUUCUCUUCACUCCUCCUCCAUCCGUCUCUCUCCGGCGCUCCUCUCACUCAGACAACAAACAAAACUCCAAACCCCAACAAUACGACGGACAAACUGCAAAAGGACCAUGGCAGUUUACUGCAAGCGGCGGCAGGGGGGGAGUUCGGCAGAGAUGGGCCGGCCUGUGUACGCUUACAUGUGUAUGUGUGUGUUUGUCUGCAGCCCCAUACAGUGUGUGGGCUUGUGUUUAUGUGAGAGACUGGGACACCAGACAUUUCACACAUGCAUACAUGGAGAAGAAGUAGACUGACAGCAUUUGGUUAUUGUGGAUGUAGGUGUUUGUUGUUUGCUUGAUUUUGAUUUCAGGAGUUUUGUCGUGAUGAAGAAAUGGUCAGGAAAAAAAACAAUGGAAGCCCGGAAAGAAACUCGACAUGGUGUCAUUAACAGAAUGGACCAAUCUGUUAUGAGCCGUUGCAGAAAGGCUCCUUAGGUCAUGUGACUCUUAACGGGUGUCAGUUUUAAAGGAUGUUAGGUUUUUCUUUUCUUUUUUUUGUAUAGAUGUAAUCAACUGCCCACUCUCUGAUCUCUCGCCACUUGUAUUACUGCUGAAUUUGCACAAUUUACAGAAACGUUACAGAGGAAGAUGAUUUAGAUAUUAUAUGGAAAUACAGCAAAACAAGUUUUCAAAGAACGAUUAGACAGAAAAAGAAAUACAUUUUUGUUGUUUUUCAUUUAAGCCGACAAACAAUGAAAAGGACACACAAUUUGAUCUUUCAAGUACAAAAGAAUAAACAACGUAGACAAAAAAGAACAACAAAAAAAGAAACAAAAAAGUCGUACUGUGCCAUGUUUUCUUUGAAUGUUGUUUAGUGCAAAGACAUUUUGUUAGAUGGAUUGUGCUAGCGUAUGAUUUUAAAUAUGAACAUGCCUACUGACUGAAAAGAACUGCUCGAGUAUUGACCCAUCAUGAGAUCCUUGUUGGGAACGACGGGAAGCGAGGGUUGUCGUCGUCCUCCUCCUCCUCCUCCUCCUCCUCGUGUCAGGACAGUUCAUGGCAUUAUGGUGAAAACAUGAAGUUGCUGUUGUUUAGAAUUCAAUCAGUGCAAUCUUUUGGUUUCAGACAACCAAAUAUAUACUCCCAGGAUUGUUGCUUUCUUGUGGCACCAUGGCUGGGUCUGUUCUUGAGGGCCAAGAGGUGACAGUAGAGUAGAUCACGUCAUAGUAACUGGACAAUGAAGUAGAUACAUUGCACUACCUGAAAUAUCUCUGAUCGGCCCGAUACCACGAAGCCACCGUAUCCAACACUGACGAGUCCACACGACCCGCGCUUGUGUCGGACCUUGGACGGCUGGUUCUGAAACGGUGGUUUUGGAGAAAAGCCAAAGUACGUGUUGGUGCUCUCUGACGCUGUCUACGUCUUCACAGGAGCGACAGUGAGGUAGAGCUUAGCUGGGCCCCUUUGUAGUGAAACAAAGUGAGAAAAAGUGGUUUCAGCCUAAAGGCACUUUUUUUCUUUUUCUCCAUGUCAACACUCCGAUAGAGGGACAAGGAAAAGAUAUCUCUCUACACCUCUAACCUGUCUCCUCCAGACAAGGGUUUUAGUUUUCUAUCCAUGAGGGGGGAUGUAGAAAGAUAAAUAGGUGAGACACCUCUGUUCAUUAGCUACACAAGGCUGAGUAAUCCUCUCCUCAGCCUGCAGCUCUUGUUCAGAACUAGCCUACUGCCAUGUGUGGCUUAAGCCUUUUUUAUUACUUCUCUCUGAAGAGGUUUUAUUUGUUUCUUUUUUCUUUACGUCAGGGCUUUUUGACUUAAUGCUGAGAAAUAAUGUUUUCCGAUAAUUAUUUUCUGCUUGCCGAAAAAACCAAACUGUGGUCUGUAAAAUGUUUCUGUCGAUGUUUUCAUUUGUAAAUUGUAUACUUUUUCAUGAUGAACAAAAGCUGUUUGCCAUUUUUUUGUAAUCAGGUUGUUGGUUCUUUUGUCUUUAUUUUGUAACAUGUAAAUUGUACAUUUUUACGGUACAGAGAAGACAAAAUUCUCUUCAGUUUGCCUGAAGUUGAAGUACUUGAGGGUUAUUUUCUUGAUCUCAAGGAUCAAAAUGAAAUUAUUGCAUCAGAUGAGCAUCCGUGUGUUUGUGAUGGAAAUGUGACUUGCUGCUUUAACUCUCGUAUCAAACAUUUUUUUAUCAAACAUUAGGGCUGUUGUUUUAUGCUGAUCAUGGAUGCUGUCGCUCACCAUUUUAAUGCCAGGUUCCUUAAAAAACGAAACGAUCUACUCUCAGAUACAGGAAUAGUGACUAAUUCUCCCAAAUUAAUAUCGACACACCAUAUUGUUUACAUGCCUGAGAUGUGACAUUACUUUCUACAGCUGCAAUAUCAGUCUGGUUCAACUGGAUAUCUGUAGGGACUUGAUAGUUCACUCUGUACCUGCCAAAAACAAUCAUAAGGGACCACCACUGACCAUGUUAGCGACACACAAUAAAUACUGUCUGAAAGGCCUGCAAAACCACCACCAAAACAUGCACAGCUCAAAGCAUAUUUUUCUUUUUUUAUCUCCAGUGUACAGCUGAGCUUUUGCUGCAUUUGUACAUUUUGGUGCUGCUACUGUAGAUCACACGGAAAAGAAAUAGAUGAUUGUUGAGGCCAGAGCUCAGCAGUGCUGUUAACAGCAGUUCUGUGAAGGAUCAGUUUGAGCCCGAUGUACACUGGGGACAAAUACACUCGCUCCCUGCAAAGCACACAGGCGAAAACCAAGUGAGGCAACCGUGCUCAGAUGGUGAUCUGCCAGGCUACUUUUAAAAGAUACUUAAACAUUCUCAAUUCAUUCUCAGGUUCAUGCUCCAUGUGUGUUGUAUUCUGGUUGUAAUCUGGUUUGAGUGCUGUGGGAGUCGGCUAGUCUAUCGUUUGCAUGGCUACUUGCCUUUUAUAUUGACCUACUGAUGCAAGUCUGGAUGCAUAUUUAGAAAUACUUCCCAGUCAACACUGUUUAGUGGGCUAAUUGACUCGUAAUAACUGUUGUGGAGGUGGUUUACAGUCUGUUCUCGAGUGUUUGGUGUCAUCAAGAGGAAGCGGGCAUCAGCUGACUGAAGAACUUCAAAACAACAACAUGUCGACUGCGGUUUGAAAGAGUUGCUGGGUUUAAUGCUGUCAAAUCAGGACACGUGAACAAGUACUGCACUGGCUUCAGUAUGAGCAGGAUGUAUCUCAUGUAUAAAUUCUCAGCUCUUUAUUCGUGCCCAGUCACGGUUUUACCUUCCAAAAAAAAAUCUCCUGGUUAAAUCAAAUGCAACUCCUGGCACGAUUCUGUUUUUAUUUAUUUUUCUGAUUUUUUGUUUUCUUCGAUUUUGUUACUUUUUGUUGUUGUUGGAUGUCACAUAGAAUCCAAGAAAACAAAUGAAUUUCAGAAAGAUGGCAAAGGAAUUUUAGUACUACAAUAACUACAUUUUCACAGUUACAGACUUAAAGCGACUGUCACAAGUUUGCAGGUUAACAUUCAUUAUGUAAAUAUUCUGUUAUUUCCUAUUUUGCAGAUUUACUACUUGUAAAUAAAACACGCAUCAAGGAGAGAUUAAACAUUUUUUGCUAAAUAAAAUGUGGCUUGAGAUUUCUAUUUAAA